GUUUCUUCUUCAAACCCCAAAACCAAAAACCCUCCAUUUCCCCCCUCAACUUGCCGUUUGUUAUCCUCUUCUUCUCCACCAUAAAACCCUAUCUUCAGAAGCCGCAAUCCCUUCAAAAGUUCAAGAAUCAAGAAAUGGCCAAAAAGAAAGCUACCCGAGUGGCCAAAGAGCCGAAGCAGAUGCAGAAUCAGCCGCAGCAGGAGGAUAGCGACCCGGAGCAAUCCAGAGCCGCCAUGGAUGACUCUGUGCUGAAGUUGCAGAGCUUGAAAUCGCUGAAUGAUCGUUUGGUGAAGGAGACCCACGAGCGGAGAAUGGAGGUCGGCGCUCUGGUUAAGACGAAGGACGCUCUGGAGAUCGAUUUGAAGCGGAAUGUUGAUGAAAAGAAUCAGGUAAUGGGGGAACUGGGUGAGGCCUGUGAGGGGAUUUAUGGGUUGGAUUUGGAAAAGAAUGUGGUUUCUGUUUUCUUGCAGAGUCAAAUGGAGGAAAUGGGUGGGGGGAUUUGUGGGUUAAUGGCGGAGAAAAGGGAGAGCGAGAGGUUGAAGGAAAUGGAGAUUGGGUUAUUGAAGGCUGAGGUUAAUGAACUUGUUUUGAAAGUUGAGGAAGAGAGAGAGAAAUGGAGGAGAGUGCGUUCUGAGAGGGAUGCGAUGAAGAUUGCUUUUGAUGGGUUGUUGGAAGAAACAGGGGAUUUGAGAGGGAAAAUGGAGAGAAAUGAGAGGAUGGCAUUGGAAGAGAUUGCAGGUUUGAAGGGGAAAUGCGAGAAGUUGAUGGGUGAAAAAAUGGAGAUUGAGGUUGUGAAUGGGACUCUGUUGAAAGAAAAUGAAUCUGUUAAGAAGUUGUUGGACGAGUCAGCUGUGGUGAUUGAAGAUUUAGAGAGGAAGAUGGAAGAGAAAAUGAAGGAGAAAGUAGAGAUUGAGAGGGAAAAGGAUGGCCUUCAAAUGGAGAUUCUGAAGUUAGAGAAGGAAGUGGUUCAAUUGAAUGAGAGUACAUUCAGUUUCAAACAGGAGAAGAAAGAAAAUGAACAGAGAAUUUCUGAGAUUGAAAAGAGAACUGAAGAAGCAAUAGAGAAGGAAAAUGGCAUGCUGAUGGAGAUUGAUGCUCUAGUCAAACAGUUGCAGAAGAAGGAAAAAGAUAUGGAGAUGUUAACUCAACAGAGAGAGUCACUUGAGCUGAAUUUGAAUCUAGUCCAAGAGGAGGUGGGGAACUUGCGACGCACGAUUGAGGUAAUCACCCGUGACAAAGUUGAAAUGGAGGAGAAGAAAAAGGAAGCAGAGAAUAUCAUUGGAGAGUUACAAAGGGAAUCGAGUAAACUCAAAGAAGCUAUAACUUCUUUGACGGAGUUGGGUGACGUCGAGAAAGCAAGAAAUGAGGAAUUACUCUCCGAAAUCAGUCGUCUUCGAGACGCUUUAGUUGAAGUUUCAUUUGAGAGGGACGAUGCUAGAAAGAGUUUCAGUGAUGAGAAGGGAAGUGUUGAGAAGCUGAGUUUGUUACUCAAAGACAAGGAGAGUAGGCUUGUAGAAGCCAUGAUUUCUCAAGAGGAUUCACUCAACAUAAAGAAGGAGAUGGAGAAACGGAUCGAUAUCUUGGUCGGGGAAAGAGAUUCAAUGGAGAAAAACUUGUUAGAAGCUCAGCGUAGAAUAGAUGAUCUGAAAGCUGAGGUAAAAUCAGCUGUUGCUAAUUCAGAGAAAGCUUUGGCAUUGUUGAAGAAAACUUGUUUGGCUGUCUGUGAUGGCUAUGAGAAGGGAGUAGGGGAAGCUUCUUCUGAGCCCUUUGUUGAACAUUUGAAUGCCAUUAGAACAUCUUUCACAAACAAGGAGAAAAUGGUGGAAGAAAUGAAGCACCGUCUCGAGACCGCACGAGUGGAGGAACGGAAGAAGAGCUUCUUCACCAUAAUGACUGCAGCAACAACAAUUCUGGCUGCUGUUUCCGCUGUUUAUGUUAGCAGAGGGCGCUGAGGCUAAGGCCGAAGGUGUAGUUUGUUUGUUAACUUUGUUACUGCCAAUGCCAUCAGUAGUUCUUAGAUUAACAAACUGAUUUGUAUUUGGUGAAGCAAUAUUGAAUCACUGAUUUGGUAAUUUCAAUGAGAAAACACAUCUUCUAAA